AUGGAUGAUGAUAGAAAUAAUAGCACAUUGCCUGAUGAAAUCCUUUACAACAGUCUCUCUUUUCUACCCACAGAACAAGCUGUUGCAACAAGUGUUCUUUCAAAGAUAUGGAGACCUCUCUGGCUUUCCCUCACCAAUAUCAACCUAGAUUAUGAAAGCUAUUUGGAGAGGUUUAGAUCCUAUUCUGGCUUGAAGAGUAUGAUUAAGAAAACAUUUUAUGAACGUGGUGUGCACCGCCGUCCCAUUGAAAGGAUCAGCAUCAGAGGUCUGCCUUCAUGUAAACGGCCUGACUUCCUUGCCAUGAAGUUGGAAGACGAGACUGGCCUUGACAUGCUGUUUUUCUCGCCUUUUGUGAUGCCACUCCCUAUUUUUAGCUUCAGAGCCCUUGAUUUUCUCAAAUUGAAAGUGAUUUCCAUAGAAUUUGGCUUUUAUGGUCGUACUAUUAACUUUCCCUUGCUCAAAACCCUGCAUUUGAAUGAUGUUGCUUUUUUUGAUGACUCGCAUUUUGUGAGGAUGCUUAAUGGUUGUCCAUUUCUUGAGGAUUUGGAAGCACAUGAUAUACUUUUCAAAGGCUGGUCAUUUGAGCAAGAGUACUGUAAAGAUUUACCCAAGUUGGUGAGGGCAAGUAUCUCUGGAGCUUCUAAUUCUUAUAUUCCCUUGAAAGCGUUACGUAAUGUGAAGUUUCUGCGCUUUGAACAGGGUGCUGUGGAAGUUCCAAUGUUUGGCGAUGAUAAGUUGGGAGCUUAA